UGCAGAUAGCAGAGGUGCCACAUACGCAUACGCACAGGUUGUUGUCUUGUGUUGUGUUGAUUUCUUGACAGCAGUCGUCGUCGUCGAUGGACACAUCUCUGCAGCUGUGGAAAUUCGCACAAUAAGAAAAAAGCACAGCACCGAUGCGGUUUUGUGCGCAAAUACAUAAAAGAAUAAACAAAAAAGAUGUAGCUCGCCUACUUUUGGAUCCAACCUUUUGUGGUUAGCGCAGGACGACACGAUAUUUUCCAUUCCCAUAUUGCAUUCAUGGCCAUGAAGACUUAUGCAAAAUACCUAGUCGCAAUCGUGUUUUUCCUCGGCAGUGGGCACACAAAGAACACAUUUCCGAGGAAGUGGCCAGAAAAUAGCUAUGGACGAGUUGAAACCCGGCAGAGAAAUGAGGAGGCUGGCAGCAGGUUUGACUACGAGCAGGAUGCGAGCAGUGAUUUCAGACACGAGCAGCGCCGAUACCAACCUGAUUUGCACACUUACGAUCCAGCUGUUGAUCCCGAGGCUGUAGUUCCUUUAAAAAGUAACUAUGUGGAAGUAAGCGGGUGGCCUUUGAAAAAAGCCACACUAGGCCAAAUUUCAGCAGUUUCUUUCGACAAUGCUGGAAACGUGGUAAUUUUUCACCGAGCCAAUCAUGUGUGGGAUGCCUCUACUUUCGACAACCAGGAUAACUAUCGGAAGAAGGACGAAGGACCAAUCGAGCAGAACACCAUCAUCACAUAUAAUCCUGAAUCAGGUCGCAUUGUUCAUCAAUGGGGUGCAAAUUUAUUCUACUUACCUCAUGGAUUAACAGUGGACCAAGAGGGCCACGUUUUCUUGACGGAUGUUGCUUUGCACCAAGUGUUCAAGUUUCCGCCCAGAGGCGGUCAGGGAAAGCCCCUGAUGGUGCUGGGUGAAAGAUUUAUUCAAGGAAAUGACAGAAAUCAUUUUUGCAAACCUACAUCAGUGGCUGUGACCAAGUCGGGCGAUUUUUUCGUAGCUGAUGGCUACUGCAAUCACCGCGUAAUCAAGUUUAAUGAAAAAGGAGAAUUUCUCUUAAACUUCGGGCGAAGAACUUUGCCUUCUGAUGGAAUUCCCCACCGACCAGCUCCCACGGAGCUUUCCAUUCCACACUCCUUGGCUUUGGCAGAGGAGAAAAACCUAGUGUGUGUGGCUGACAGGGAAAAUGGAAGGAUCCAAUGCUUCCGCAUCGACAAUGGCACCUUUGUAGGCCAAAUUGCCCCGAGAGAGUUCGGCAGACGUCUUUUCAGUGUUGCCUACACCCCAUUGCAGGGUGGAAUGCUGUUUGCCGUCAAUGGCCCAGACUUGUACAACGACAAUUUUCCUGUGCACGGCUUUGCAGUUGGCAUCACCAGUCGGCAAGUGGUGGCUACUUUCGGCAAUUUUAAUCAGCCGCAUGACAUUGCCGUAUCUUUUGAUGGCAAAGAAGUGUACGUAGUCGAACUUGAUCCUCACAAGAUCUCAAAAUUUGUAGAAAAGAGCACAGGAAAUUCAACAGUACAAAGAGUGGAAAAUCCAGCCAAAGUCGAGGAUUCGCCUGCUGUUGUUGAAGUGACAGAGUCAGCCCACCAGUUCCUUCCAAUAAUUGAAGAGUCGCCCCACGUUCUUCCACAGAGUGUGGAAGUGCUUAUAGUCGUUGCAGCUCUUGUGUCUAUUAGCAUGGUGGCUGUUAUCUUUGUUCUUGUCAGGAAAAGAGGCCCCUGUUGCUAUUGGUUUUGCAACAAGAAAUGGCACUUCCGGCGCACACCUUCGGAGACCUUCAAGUUGGGCCAUCUAUUAGACCCUCACUCUGGUUUCGAGUUGGUUGGUCAAGAAAUGAGUGACGAGGAGAUCGACAAUGAGUCAGAUAGUCUAACCAACUCGUUUACUACUAAAGCAUGAACCGAAACUCAUCCCUAAUUUAAUUUUCUUUGAGGGUCAGGACUGAUGUCUGAAGCAUUUAAUUUUUAUUUAUUGAAUUUUAACAUUUUAUUAUUGUUGUUUUAUGGAGCUUUCAAAAAGUUUGUUUUAUCUUGUAUCAUGAAUGUUGUGCUGAACUUAAAAUGUAUAAAUCGUAUAAAUAUAACUUGUGCAGGAAGAAAAUGAGGAAUUCAUAUCAAAUAAAAUGUAGAUUAUUAUCGAUGAUGUAGUGAAUGUCCACCUCGUUAAUGAAGUAUAAUAAAUUGCAAAGCGUAUUAACCAAUCAAGAUUGAA